AUGGCUGCUCCCGCACAAGAACCCGACGAAGCUGCUGAAACGGGCCCUGGCCCCCCAGCUCCACGCAAGCUCAAAGCCUCCGAUCUACCCUUGCCAUCGGCGACCCGUGCGGCCAUUGAGUCGCUUGCCCACAGUUUCAAGAAGGAGGGCGCGUACGAUUCGAUUCGCAAGCAAGUGUGGGACAAGUUUGAGGCCAGCGAUUACGAGGCUCAGGUCACCAAGGCCAUUCUCGCGGUUGCCGAGCAGGAAGUGGAGCGAAACCCCCGGCAGCUUCUCACGCUGGAUCGACGCAAGGCCGCAGCGCUCAUCGAUGGCGCCCUGGAGCGCUCCGGCGUCUACCAGAAGGCGGAAGAGGUCAUUGGACAGCUCAUCGACGACGGCGCCAUCGAAGCACGCAUUCGCGAGAUCCGCCGUGCUGAGAUUGGUGACGAAGCCGCCGAGGCCGAGAGAAUCCGCGGGUCGAAAACAGACGACCAAUAUGCUGCGGAUACCCAAGCGAGAAAGGCUGAACGCGAGCGACUCCGAGAAGAGCUGAAGCAGAAAGAAGCUGCCAUUGAAGAGGAGAAGCGGCGGAUUGCCAAAGAAGAACGGCGCAGAGAAGAGCGAGAGCGCGAACAAGCUGAGCUGAAGCGGCAAGCGGAGCGCGACGAGAGAAGAAAACUGAGAGAAAAGGAAAGGGAGGAACGAGAGAAGCAGCGCGAUAAGGAGCGCGAGGACAGGCACAAGGAGCGCGAGCGACGUGAUCGUGAGCGUGACCGCGAGCGCGAUCGUGACCGAGACCGAAACAGGAAUCGAGAACGCGAGCGGGAUCGGAGUCGAGACCGGGGCCAAACGCGCGAUCGUGACCGAGACGCCCGUCCCAAGGACACUGACGCUACGUCUGAGGAACUCAAGGAACGCCUCACCAAGGAGGAAAAUGAGAGGCUGGAACAGGAGGCCCUAGCCGAUCUUCUUCGCGAGAGUAGUAAGGCUGCUCGCGCGCAACCCGAGCUAGAGGUCGAUUCCGCUCUGGCACCGCCACCGAGGAGAGCCGGACCUACUUCUGCCAUCAAUCCCAUUCGAAGGGACUCGCCCAAGGUUGCCGAUUCUCGGAAGUCUGGUGAUCGCAGGGAUUCAAAGAACCCGGCCGACUCCAAGCCACCUGGAACGCGAGAUAACGGGCGAAGUAGUAGAAGUGCUUCGCGCGCUCGUGACAAGGACAGGAAGCGGCCUGGGAAUCAAAGCCGGGUCCAAGAGCCCAGCGACCGCCGUCAUCGCGACCGACGAUCUUAUUCUCCGAGGCGGGACCGCAGCCGAUCUCGCGAUGGAGACAGACGGGCACGCAGCCGAUCCAGGCCGAGGCGGGAGAGGAGUCGUUCUCGACGGAGGGAUGACCGGGAACGUGAGCGGGACCGGGACCGGGACCGGGACACGGGCCGCGAACGAGCGCGGAGGAGCCGCUCGCGAUCGCGCCCCAACACGUCGGCGGCAAGGCCGGCGUCGGCGGCCAAGGACGAACUGGAGGAAUGGAAACGAGAGGAGGUCAAGAAACGAGAGAAGGAGGCCAAGGCCUACCUAGCGGCGCAGAAGGACGCCCGGGAGAAGGGUCUGCCAGUGCCCGGGGUGGACGAUAAGCCCAGCGGCCGUGACGAGCGGCGGAGAAGUCGAUCUCGCAGCCGCAGUCGCGACGGGGGCAGAGCUCGCGACCGAGAGCGGGAGAGGGACAGGGAUGUAGACCGGGAUCGGGAUCGGGAUCGGGGUCGGAGCCAGGGACGUGACCGGGACCGAAACCGAGACCGGAGCCGGGACAGGGAUAGACACAGGGACAGGGACCGGGACCGGGACCGGGACCGGGAGGCGAAAAGCAGACGAGACCGCAGCCACUCGCCUCGGCGGGAGCGACGACAUGGCAGCCGCAGCCGCCGUCGGACCAGGAGUCGCUGA